CAUGAGUGUUGACUAUUACUACACACCAAUAUCAGCGCCUUGUCGUGCCUCAUUACUCACGGCCAAGGCUGUCGGGGUGGUUGAACCUAAAGAGUUGAAUCUGUUGGCCGGGGAGCAGAUGAAACCGGAGUUCCUCGCCAUCAACCCACAACACUGCGUUCCGACGAUGGUGGACGGCGACUUAGCCUUGUGGGAAAGUCGCCCCAUCUGUACGUACUUGGCGUCCCAGUAUGGUAAGGACGACUCCCUCUACCCCAAAGAUCCCAAGACCCGCGCCAAGGUCGAUCGUCUCCUUUACUUCGACAUGGGAACACUGUACCACCGCUUCGGGGAGUAUGUGUACCCGGUAUUAUUUGGUGGCCAGCCUCGUGAUGAACAAAAGUUGGUGAAAAUCGACGAGGCUUUGGGAUGGCUGAAUGACUGGCUCGCCGGACAUGACUGGGCUGUCGGCAAUAACCUGACUGUAGCAGACCACUCCCUCGUCGCUACCGUCAGUACCAUGGAAGCUACAGGUAUCGAUCUAGCCAAGCACACAAAUAUCUCGUCUUGGUUAGGGAGAUGCAAGACAAAGAUGGCAGGUUAUAAUGACCUGAAUACUCCCGGAGCUGUUAAGUUUGGUGAGAUGUUCAAGUCGAAAAAUUAACUGGAAUUUCAGAACUGUGAUUUAACCCCUUGACUGCUCGUAAUGACUUAACUCUUUGACUACAAUGACUUAACUCCUUGACUACAAUGACUUAACUCCUUGACUACAAUGA